AACUCUUUCCUUAAUAGAAAAUAAAAAAUGUUCAAGUUGCUUACUUUCGCCGCUCUUCUUGCCAUCACUGUGGCUUCUCCUGCACCUGAAGCCAAAGCUGAUCCUAAAGCAUCUCCUGACCCUAGUCUGCUUGCUGCUGCCUACACUGCCCCUGUUGUAGCCGCUCCAGUUGCCUACACAUCUGCCUAUUCUGCUCCUUUGGCAUAUGCUGGUUAUGUGGCUCCCUCUGUGUAUUCUGCUGGAUACACGGCCUAUUCCCCCUAUACUGGAUCUUACGUAGUUUUGUGAAUUCAUUUGUGAAAUGUCUGUCAAUACAUGGAAAUAAACAUGUUGCUUUGACAUAAUUUAUUCAAA